UUUUUCGGUUUUAUGUAGAUUGACUCCAAAACUGCUAGAUGGAAGGACGACCGGGCUCUGCCAAUUAUCCGAAACAUGUCGUCAUUAUAGAGUUUUGCACAAUCUGGGUUGUCUAAAAGAUGUUGACCAAUGGCAGAAUCACUUGUUUUAACAGUGUUUCUAGACCUACAAGAUCGAGGAGGCUGUUCUCUUUGAGGGGCAGUUUUGUUUCGUAUGUUGGAAGGAACAUGCUGUUUUAUCCUAUCCCCCAAUCUUUGGGUUGUGCGUCCUACGUAGCCAGAAUCACACUGGCACGUAAAUUCAUAAAUGACGGAACUUUUUUGUUUGGUAGGAACGCAAUCCUUUUGAAUGGAUGGAAGGGCUCUCCUAGUGCUGUAAACAAUCCGAGGAUUGACAGCAAAGAAACAUUUGGUUAUGGCUUGCCUAAUCUGACUCUCGAAUCGCAAGGAAGUGUUACCAAUCCAUGGUAGUUUCAAAUAAACUGGGCACUUUUGCGGACCAAACUUUUGAACAGCCGAAAAACUUGCGAUCUUCUCCUUAGUAUAAGAUAAAAUGACGUCUUCAGGAUAGCCGUUGUCCAAGAAGAUCGUUUUGAGUUUUUAGUAUUUUAAAGCUUUUAGUAUGUUGUAAAAUGUUUGCUUUUUUCAAAGCCAUUUUCAAAUUCUGUACCGCAAAAGAAUUGUUCAUAUUCUUCGUAUGUUAAUACGGAAUCCUAGCGUUAAAGAUGACUCUUAAAAUUCAAAGUGAAGGUUCUGUUUUGAAGUUUUACUAAGUUAAGCAAAAGCAACUCUUAUCUUGUUGAAUUUUUUAUCGUUGUCUAACUAUCGAUCCACUUGCAGCAUGUUCUUUAUCUCUCUUGUUUCCAUGAAUCUGUUUGACAAUAAGCUAUCAUUUUGGUCCAUCUUUUGAUGUAGGUCAUUGUAAAAGAGUCCUUGUUUGAAAUGAAAAAAUGGCUGCCUCAGAGAUAUGCUAGAUGACACUAAUGCAAGAAUUGUUAAGAAUUUUUUCUUUUUGACCAGGGAGACAAUAUAAUAAAUUUCUACGAAGUUACAUCAGAAGCUAAAGGCCUUACGCGUUCGUCAUCAGACAGCUUGGAUACACAAACAAUAGGCAUGGCAAGGGUUCCUAAGAGAGCACUUCACCUAAUGGAAGCAGAGGUGAACAGAUUGAUGCAGCUGACAAAGAACGCAAUUAUUCCGAUCAGUUUCGUUGUACCUAGAAGGUCCUACCUCGAUUUCCAUGCGGAAUUGUACCCCGAUACGGCCUCUGGUGUGCCUUCUAUGACAGCCGAGCAAUGGUUUGCUGGUGCCAAUCACCCGGUCUCACUGGUUAAAUUGGAUCCAAAAAACGUGGCGAAAAGGUCGCUACCUAAAGCAGCUGGCGUGAAGGCUGAGCCAUCCAAAACAGAAGAAAAAUCGCAAGAAGAAGCUGAGACAAAAACGGCACAGGUGCCUGAAGUUGUCAACAAAGCUGAGGACCCGCCAAAGAAAGUUGAAGCUCCGAAGGAGGAUUCAACGAAGGCUGUGCCAGCACCUUCAAAAAUUUCUAAUGAGCCAACACCAAAGCCCGCUGAGCACAAGCCCAAAGUCUCAAAAUUCCACGGGUUCAGGGUCUCGAAAUUCAAGCAUCUGAGUGGCAAACCUAGCACUAAGUCGCAGAACAUCGAGAACCUGAAGAACUACGAUCAGUCACUCUGUCAUGAAAGUGAUGGCCUCCAAGCUUACUUUGAUUUAGUUGCGUAUCCUAUAGCUGGACCUGGUGGUCAAAUUGCUGUGGUGAAGCUCUCUGAGCCAAAAAGACUUCCCGAUACUGGUUUGCCUGUGCUGCAGAACCCAUCACCUCUUCUUGAUUUUUCAAUGGAUCCCUUCGAUAAUCAUUUAAUCGCAGCAGCUUGCGAAGAUUCUGUUGUUCGCAUCUGGAAGGUGCCAGAGGAUGGGCUCGUUGAAACAAUGGAUGAACCAGCUGCUAUUCUUGCUGGUAAGGUAUUCUUCUUGUCAUCAAGGAGUACUUCUUGCAGGAAGGCACUUUUAAGAGAGAUUGAUAUACAACAUUUUCGAAAUGGGCGUUUUUCUGGUUGUGAGGUUUUCUUAGCCCUCACUAUGCUGCUUUUUAAGUAG